AUGGCGGGCACAGACUCAGAUCCUGAAGACGCCAUCACCAAGGAUGAGACCCAAGGGACCGCCGCCGCACCUACCCAACCGCGAAAUGCCUUCGCAGAGCUCAUGACACGAAAGCGCAAGCCCGAACCGACCCCAGAACCCCCCAAGGCUUCUCGAAACAAGCCUCCUCACACAAGCCGCGAUGGCCUUGGUGUAUACAUCGAAAACCCGUCCUCCUUCCCUGCCUCGCGAGUGAUCUACCAUAAUGACGAUUUCGUCGCCAUCAACGACCUGUACCCGAAAGCCAGCGUCCACACGCUACUGCUCCCUCGAUCCCCCAAACACACCCUCCUCCACCCGUUCGAAGCCUUUGACGACCCCGACUUCUUAGCGACGGUACGAAACGAGGUCUUGAAGCUGAAGGACCUCGUAGCCAAAGAGCUACAGCGACGAUUCGCAAAGGAAAGCAAGGCCGAGGCCGACCGAGAAGCCGUGCUCGACGGACGCGCAGAGCCCACAGGCACCGAGCUUCCCAAGGGCCGUGACUGGCACGCCGAGAUCAUUAGCGGCAUACAUGCGCAUCCGAGCAUGAACCAUCUACACGUCCACGUACUUUCGCGAGACAUGUAUUCCGUGUGCUUGAAGCAUCGCAAGCACUACAACUCCUUCAAUACCCCUUUUCUGGUCGAUGUUGCCGAUUUCCCACUGGCCCCGGACGACCCCAGGCGUCAUCCCGGCCACGAGGGCUAUCUCAUGAAAAGGGACCUUGUUUGCUGGAGGUGCAAGGAUAACUUCAAAAACCAGUUUGCGAAGCUGAAGGAGCACCUCUCCCAAGAAUUCGUCGAGUGGAAAAAGGAGUAA